CCGAAAAGGGAAUGGGGAGGAACAUGAGUGAGAGAGAGAGUGGGCGGCUCUGGGCUGGAUGAUGCAACCACGAGCUCAAGAAAAACCCUCUCACGCUGACAGGUCAGGGCUACUGAAAGUACUUCAGCCUUCCAGGAGUGCGGGGUCCCAACGGCUCAGCAGCAUGCUCAGAAAUCUACAGAGCUAAACACAAACUGGCAAUCUACACAAGUUUAAGAAGAGCAGCCAGUACAAGGGAAAGCGGACCAGUGUUUUUUCUGUCUAGUGUUAUACACCCCACCAAGGACCAUGAGUACAAAAUGUGGAGAGGGGCUUCUGAAUGGUGCUGUGCCCAGUGAGGCAACGAAGAAGGAUGAAAAUCUGAAAAGAGGAAACUGGGGAAACCAAAUUGAAUUUGUAUUGACCAGCGUGGGAUAUGCUGUAGGCCUGGGCAAUGUUUGGCGGUUCCCUUAUCUCUGCUACAGGAAUGGAGGAGGAGCAUUUAUGUUCCCUUACUUUAUCAUGCUCAUCUUCUGUGGGAUUCCACUCUUCUUUAUGGAACUCUCCUUUGGGCAGUUUGCCAGUCAGGGAUGCCUUGGGGUGUGGAGAGUCAGUCCCAUAUUUAAAGGUGUAGGUUACGGGAUGAUGGUUGUCUCCACAUAUAUUGGUAUUUAUUACAAUGUGGUUAUUUGUAUCGCCUUCUACUACUUCUUCGCAUCUAUGAACCGUGUUCUUCCCUGGACCUACUGCAAUAACCUAUGGAACACAAAUAACUGUGCAGGUGUUCUGAGUCCCAACUCUAGUGCCUCCUUUAACCUCAGCUCCCAGCAAAACCUACUCAACCUCACACUGGGAUUAAACCAGACACUGAAGAGGACAAGUCCCAGUGAAGAAUAUUGGAGGCGACAUGUCUUAAAGAUUUCGGAAGACAUUGGUGAUUUUGGUGAAGUACAAUUACCACUCCUAGGAUGCCUUGGUGUAUCAUGGCUGGUUGUAUUUCUAUGCUUAAUUAGAGGUGUUAAGUCCUCUGGCAAGGUAGUUUAUUUCACGGCCACAUUCCCAUAUGUUGUUCUCACCAUCCUCUUCAUUCGUGGUAUCACUCUGGAAGGAGCUAUUAAUGGAAUUCUAUAUUACCUCACUCCUCAAUGGGACAAGAUUUUACAUGCCAAGGUUUGGGGUGAUGCAGCAUCCCAGAUCUUCUACUCAUUAGGGUGUGCAUGGGGAGGCCUUAUUACUAUGGCUUCUUAUAACAAGUUCCACAACAACUGUUACAGAGACAGCAUUAUUAUAAGCAUUACCAACUGUGCGACUAGUGUCUAUGCUGGCUUUGUCAUCUUCUCCAUUUUGGGUUUCAUGGCAACUCACUUGGGAGUGGAUGUGUCUGAAGUGGCUGACCAUGGUCCUGGGUUAGCAUUUGUUGCAUACCCAGAGGCGCUGACCUUGCUCCCAAUCUCACCUCUGUGGUCCAUCCUGUUUUUCUUCAUGCUUAUUUUGCUUGGGCUGGGUACUCAGUUUUGUCUGCUUGAGACACUUGUUACAGCCAUUGUGGAUGAAAUUGGUAGUGACUGGAUAAUUCGCUGGAAAACCUUGGUAACACUGGGUGUAGCCAUCAUAGGGUUCCUUCUUGGUAUCCCUCUCACUACUCGGGCUGGCAUAUACUGGCUCCUGCUCAUGGAUAAUUAUGCUGCUAGUUUCUCCCUGGUCAUCAUAUCAUGUAUUAUGUGCAUAGCAGUAAUGUACAUUUAUGGUCACAGGAAUUACUUUAAGGACAUUGAGAUGAUGUUGGGUUUCCCUCCUCCUUUGUUCUUCCAGAUCUGCUGGAGGUUCAUCUCUCCAGCAAUUAUAUUUUUCAUUCUGAUCUUCACUGUAAUCCAAUACCGUCCAAUAAAAUACAACGAUUACAUCUAUCCAGACUGGGCUCUCACUAUUGGCUUUCUGAUGGCCUUAUCUUCAGUCAUAUGUAUUCCACUUUAUGCUAUUUUUAAGAUCUGGCACUCAGAGGGGGAUACAUUCCUUCAGAAACUGAAGAAUGCAGUAAAGCCCAGCAAGGAUUGGGGUCCUGCUCUAUUAGAGCACAGAACAGGCCGAUAUGCUCAGAUGUCCAGUUCAAAUUGUGAGAAUAAUCCAGAAGCCCAACCACUUAAUCCAGAAAAGAUGAAGGAUGAUCUCAGCCUAACAAUACCUGGCAGCAAUGGCCAGGCCCACACCCAGGACUCUAAAGUGUAAUGAGCUCCAGCAGGCAAAAGUUCAAAGGCAAGAGCACUGGCAGUGGUAUGGAUGAGAAUCUACCCCUUACCCACUCACUCACUUCAUACUCAUCCAGACCAGUCAUACUGUCUGUUGUCCCUCAUUUGCACCUCAUCAUCAUCCCAGAGAAUUCAACAGUAUGCUACAAAAACCAUAACAACCUCCUAUUCCCAUGGAGAAAAAAAAGCUACAACCCUUCAGCUGCUGAGCCUAGGAUUCCCAGUGUGGGAUCAUCCUGUUCCUUUUCCCUCUGGAUCAUAUGGACACAGUUUAUUAUGUGGAAUUUUGGCUACACAUCUGCUAAGAUAGGGCAAUAGGGAGAAAGGAGAGAUGAAAUCAUCUCAAAACACAAUAAUUUUAACUCACUUUUCUAAGUUUAGUUUACAUGGAUUUUAUUUUUUAGAUUUUUUUUUUUUAAACCUCGUUUUGUUUUUCCAUUGUUCAGUUGUAGAGGUUUGAUAUGGCCUCCUUUAUCUUGCCGGUCAUGGACUGGAUGCUGAGGCGAGACAGUGUUUCAGCAGUACCUGAAGCAUUAGAACCUUUCACUGUGCCAAGGAGUGAAGCAAAAAUGCAAGCAUCACAUUUCCUGUUACUUGAGCAGUACAGCAGGAUGCAAAUGAGCUUCCUUUAGAAAUGAAGGAGUUUGUCCACUUGCCUACUUGCUGUAUACAAACACAACCACCUCCUAGGUGACUGACUUAUGUAAUUCUCGUGCCCUGCUGCCUGGAAUAACCCUUAAACUGUGUAUCUUUAGAAAUAUUCUUGUACCACAGAAGGAAUAGCAUUCCAGAAUAAGCUUUGUUUAAACGUUGCUGUGUAUUUUUUGCAUAGGUAGAUAAGUAUUAGAACACCUUGUGUGGAUCGGUUUCUUACUGUGCAUCUCCCUACAAGCUUUUUUUUUUCAACUUUUCUGUGAUAAUUCCAUUUUAACAGCACUGCAUUUAAUGUUCUCAUAGAACCUUUGCUGCAAGUUCUGUAUAGGUUCAAUAAUAAUCACAAGGUUAGUUUCUCACCAGUUUAUCUGCUGAUGCAAUGUAAAGCACCUGUGUGCUCAGAAACUUCUCUGUGGGUUACAAACUGA